UUCCUUUUUCUUUUCUUUUCUGUAUACGUACCUCCAUUCCUUUGAGUAUCUCAACCAACCCAUUCCUUCAUCCUCACUCUUACCAAUUUCUAUAAUAAUGGAUGUGGCAGGCUUUUUUGUAUGGCUUUGGAUUAUCGUUAUGUGGAUUAUCAUCGCUGUUGUCUGGUAUUAUCUUUUUGUACCUUGUAUAUGUGGUCUUCUCGUGGAGUUAUGGUACGCAAUUGGAUGUGCAGAGCUUUUUUAUCGACUCACACCAGACGAAUUCCGGGUCUAUCCAAGGGACGAAUACGUUCCUGAAUAUCAUGAGCCACUUUACAUGUGUUAUUGCAAUCCUUCGGUCUGUCUGUACAUGGGAUGGCAUUUUUGGGCUCGAACGUCACGAAAGCUGCGCAACUAUUACCAAAAACGAUUCGAUGGCAGUAAUAGUAGUACAACAAGCACCCAAUGGCGGAGAUUCAAUGUAUUCAGAUCAUCAACACUAUACGAAUCACUUCUUCCGAUGACACGGACGACGACGACGGCUAUAAUACCGAAAUUAUCAUCAAUAACAACAAAGAUAAAGAAAUUUAUAACGGCUUCAUCAUCGUCGUCAUCUACUGCUACUACUACUACUAAUGAAGCACAAAAUCAUGUUUUGGUCGAAAUGAACGAGUUUGGCGACGACGGCAAUGGCGAAGACAAGCACUCAUAUCAUAGCUUCGCUACUACUAGCAAUGCUUCAAACGACGAAUUGCUCGAGAAUAACGAUUACGCACAAAGAGACGAGGCAACAGUACCGUUAUUGCAACAGCAAUAGUGGCAGAAAAAAACAGUUUAUGCUGUUUCUUUACGUCAACCUUAUCCACACAUCACCACACUAUCUAAUACCCGCUCAACAUGCAGUUGCAUCAAAGUUGAGUAAUAUCAUCAGUUGCUGGUGACAUUGUUUUAUGCUGUAUAUUUAAACUAUAUAUAAAGUACCUUAUGUAAUUUACAUGUUCUUUUAUUUUAUUUUCAAACCUGUAGAAAUGAGACAGAACGUGCACGUUAAAAGAGAAGCUUAUGACGAUGAUAUGUUGUAGAUUGGUGGAUAU